CAGCCAAAUUGAUACACACAUUUUUGGGGGGAUAUGAUUUAAUCCACAACAUACACACACACACACACAAUCACAAUAGGACAUGUCAUUGUGAGGGCCCCGUAUGCUGAACACUGUACCAGGGGUGGUUUUCAAACUUUAGCAUACAUCAAAAUACAUGGAAGUCUUGUUGAAACACAAAUGGCUGAUUCUAAUCUCAGAGUUUAUCAUCAGUAAGUCCGGAGUGAGUUUGAAAAACUUAUAUUUCUAAAAAGAUCCUAGGUGAUGCUCUUGUUGGCAUCCAGGAGCCACACAUUUGAUUAUCUGUCAUCCCAUCUUUUCCAUCAGAUUCACCAACAAUAUGGAACCUAGAAACCAAACAGAUGUUUCAGAAUUUCUUCUUCUGGGACUUACAGAGGAUCCAGAACUGCAGCCUGUCUUAUUUAGCUUGUUUCUGUCUAUGUACCUGGUCACCCUCCUGGGAAACCUACUCCUCGUCCUGGCAGUCAGCUCUGACUCCCACCUCCACAACCCCAUGUACUUCUUUCUUUCCAACCUCUCCUUCGUUGAUAUCUGUUUCAGCACAACCACGAUCCCGAACAUGCUGGUGAGCAUCCAAGCACAGAAUCAGAGCAUCACUUACAUAGGCUGCCUCACCCAGGUCUGCUUUGUCCUGGUUUGUACUAGUUUGGAGAAUUUUCUCCUUGCCUCGGUGGCCUAUGACCGCUAUGUGGCCAUCUGCCACCCACUGAGGUACACCAUCAUCAUGAACCUCCACUGCUGUGGCUUGCUCUCCCUACUCUCCUUACUAACUAGCAUUGUGAACGCCCUCCUUCACAGUCUGUUGGUGCUGCAUUUGUCCUUCUGCAUAGACCUGGAAAUCCCUCAUUUCUUCUGUGAACUUGCUCAGAUUCUCAAGCUCGCCUGUUCUGAUACCUGCAUCAAUUACAUCCUAGUGUAUUUUGUGGCUACUGUAUGGGGUGGUGUUCCUCUCUCUGGAAUCAUUUUCUCUUACACUCAGAUUUUCUCCUCUGUUUUGAGAAUGCCAUCAGUGAGUGCAAAAUAUAAAGCUUUUUCCACCUGCGGGUCUCACCUUUCAGUUGUGUCCUUAUUCUAUGGAACAAUCUUUGGUGUGUACAUCAGUUCUGCAUUUACACAUUUUCCCAGGAAGAUAGCAGUAGCUUCAGUGAUGUACAGUGUGGUCCCUCAAAUGAUGAAUCCUUUUAUCUACAGCCUGAGGAACAGAGACACAAGGGGACCCUUGAGGACAUUCAUCAGUAGAAUACUAUCAUAUUAGUGAUUGUGUCACCUGUUUUGGGCUUGGGACUCUAGGAUGGGUCAAAGUGGAAGGAAUACUGCUGGUCAAGGAUGCCUUACUGUUUCAUGAGCAAGUUCUUCUAAAAUGAUUAGAUAAUAUAAUGGCUAGGUACAUUUCAACUUACUCAUGAUGAGUGAGAAAAUACUGAAGUUGUCAAUAAUUUCAUUUUACUUGGAUCCACAGUCAAUGCCUAUGGGAAGCAGCAGUCAUGAAAUCAAAUGACAUAUUUCACUGGGGAAAUCUGCUAUAAAAGACUUCUUUAAUGUGUUAAAAAGCAAAGAUGUCACUUUGAGGACUAAGGUAUACCUGAUCCAAGCUAGAGCAUUUUCAAUCACCUCAUAUGCAUGCCAAACCUGGACAAUAAAUAAGGAAGACUGAAAAAAAAUUGAUGCCUUUGAAUUGUGGUGAUGGUGAAGAAUAUUGAAUACGCCAUGGACUGCCAGAAAAUGAACAAAUCUGUUUGGAAAAAGUGCAGCCAUAGCACUUACCUUCUACACCACCAGGGUUUCCAACAGGGUCUGUGAAAAAGAGGAACACCUUCAAUGAGAUGGAUUUACACAGUGGCUACAAGAGUGGGCUCAAACAUAGCAAUAAUUGUGAUGAUGGUGCAGGACCAGGCAGUAUUUUAUUUAUUGUGCAUAACUGACUUCAUGGCACGUAACAACAACACAUUUCAACUUGGAGUUGAAACUUGGUUUUUCUCUUUACGUAGCUCUGUGCUGUUUGGUAAACUCUCUAAGCUCAGUUUUUUUGUCAGGUGCCAUAAAAGCAGAGCCUGAGGCAGGUGUUCUUAUUACAUGAUUUUUGGGGCAGUGGUCUAGGAAAGAAUGAAAACAGGAGAACGUGGAUAGGGUAGGGAAAUUCUGUAAACAGAGUUGUGGUCAUAGCUAGACACUAGAUUCAGCCUGAUGCUAUGAAUAGAGAAAUACGAUUGGAAAUCCAGACUUAGCCUGCCUGUGAGGCAAGAGAGCUCUUUUUUUAUGUCCCAAUUUAGUAAUCACUGAGACAUAUCACUG